AUGGAGCCUCCUUCGGCGGGGCCUGGCGGCGGGGAGGCGGCGGCGCUGGUGUUCGCGGGCUGCGGCGAGCAGGAGGUGGCGCUGGCCAAGUCCUUCUGGAACUCCGUCACCCUCCAGCCGCCCCUCGAGUCCCGCCUGGGCCCGCGCAGGGCCUCGGGAGGCAGCGGCGGCGGCAGCAGCAGCACCGUGCCCGCAGCAGGCUCCAGGAAGAGCUCCGCCGGAGGCCUCGACGUCGCCCGCCGCUCCUGCCUCAACACCCAGAAAAACGGUCCAGCUCCUCAGCCUUCAGCGAUUAGCCGAAAGGGAGAAGCAGAAACCCUGGAAGAUUCUGAACUGGAGAGGGUAGAUGAUCAGAAAGCAGUGUACCUUCAGAAGGCCAAGCGGAGAGAAGAAAUCCUGACUUUACUGAGGAAACAAAGGGAAGAGAGGAUCAUGAAGGAGGCCGUGUCUCAGCCAUACAGACCAAAGACCAAAGUCGAAGAAAGCAAGUUAAAGGUACCAGAAUCCAAUUUGGAAGAUCAAGAAAUGGUCAAAGCGUUGAUUUGAACGGUUUCAUCGAAGCGAGCAACUUGGAGAGAGAAGCGCUCGUCCCUUCCCUUCAGGAGUCCAAGUCUUUGGCUCUUUGGACAUCUAGGCCUUGUUCAUGUCCUGCCAAACUCUCACCAUAGACGACUUCAGAGUGCUGUAAGAGUUAAGAGCGCUCCAGCAGAAGCUAAUGGAGGUUUCGCUUCAGAUGACAGGCUUCUUGGUCUAUGGAGUCUAAGGAAGCCUAGUGAGACAUUGUGUAGUAAUUCAGUUUAACUGAUUUUGAAAUACAGAUCUUAAUUGAAAACCAAAAA